AUGGAAGAGGAAGACGAUGAAAGGAAAAACCGCCGACCUAAACUCGCGGUGAUUAGCUCUCUAAAUACUCGAGUCGUUCAUUCUUCAUUAGAAGAAAGCGCUUUACAUGUCCGCGAACAAGCUUCGUCGGAAUCCAAUGAUAUCCAAACAUGUUCGAGCAUUUCAACAGCUCAGUAUAGUGAUAGGAGUUUUGUGUCUAAAACAAGCACAUUUUCUCGAAGUGGUACUUCUAGCUCUAGCCAAGAAGAAGGUGAAAUGGCCCAAACUACAACUACAAGUGGGCAAUAUUUGGCUGCAGCCCGAGUAGAAACAGCACGAUCAAUGGAAAGCCUUCGUCCACGUAAAGAUUCCUCACCGGCGCGUCCCUCUAGCUCAUGUACCUCAGUUAGAGUGCAUCGUAGUUCAUUUUUAACAGCCAGUGAACGCGAUGUUCGAGAAGCAAGGGGCGCGCCGGCACGUAGGGCACUAUCCGGUGAAGAUAUGGGAAAUUCAGCUGAGAAAAAACGAGGGUUAUUUGCAAGCACCGAUCGUCGUGCUUUACAACAAUUAAGCUUACCGCCACCAGAUCGACGAUUAACAAUUCUAAGCCCUCACAGUCCAAUGGCGAUUACGGAAUUGCAGUGGCCUGUUCCAUCUGGUAUAAGAGGAAGACGAAAGAAAGGAAUGGUGCUUCCCAAAUUAAUUUUACCCCGGAGUGAUUCCGACGGAUCCGAUGUAUUUUUUGAAAGGGCCCUCUGUGUCGAGUAUCAGCUGGUGCGCAUGCGCGGGGGGCCCUCUGACGUCAUCAGCCCGGCCUCGCCAGUACCCGCGGCCGCGCGACAAGUCACGCGCGACUACCGCCCCACAAUCAAAACGAGCUUCCUAUCCUCUAAUUCUCAACAAUAA